AUGAGUCUGGGUCUGAACGACGCCGAUGUUCUUCACAAUCCAGGAAUCCCUGCCGUUGAGCCAUGGGCCACCUUGUUUAUUGACGCUGUCCACGACAAAAGGUACGGCGAUGCUAUAUGGUCCCGCUACCAUAUCUUCGGAGAUGUGGUGGAUGGCAAGUUCGAGAAAUUGACCGUACUUGAAACUAUCAAAGACGAUGCAAUGAGAUACAAGGAAUUCGAACCUGAAGCAUAUGGUGAGGCUGUGGCUUUCUAUAAGGAUACGAUGAACAGUGCGGAUACACACCCAGAGGUGAUUGAGAUAAUCUUGCAAAUUGGCGAGCAGGAUUUUAGUGUUGUACAUAUUCCUGAAGGCAUCUAG